GUAAGAAACAACUUGAUUGAUUCUUUUGGGAUUCUCAUGAAUUUUUUUUCCCUUGAUGAAAGGGUUGGUGAAAUAAAUGCUCCUUUGCUUCUCCCUUGUUAAAACUCAUGGUAGGCUUUUCUUUUUGACAACGGUGGUGUUUGGGCUAGUUUGCACGCACAUCGACUAAUUCCUCCACCAACAUAGUUAUCGGAUUCAUGUGCAGUGUCCGUACAUAGAGAUGAAGAAGUUCUUCUUUUUCCGAACAUCAUCUAAUGAUGUAAACAACAUCCCUUCACCACCAUCGAAGGACAAAUCAUCAGAUAACAUCAACAAAUCAAAAAGCAAAAAGGAAGUUUCUUCUCCAAGUCUUAGAAGGAGCGUUUCAUUGUCAUCUGGAUCCUUUUAUGACAGUGGGUUAGGACACAGGAACUUCAGGGAUCCGAGCAGAUCUCCAUGUCACAGUAAGAGAGUUCAUCCUAAGAAAUCAGGUCGUGAUCCAUGCCGCCAUGGUCGUACUCGUACUCCUGAGAGGCAGCCCCCAGAGAAUUUCUCUCAGACAUGUGAUACAGAAAAUGAUUAUUUCAGAACACAGUAUGAUCCAUCAGAGAGCUCUUCUUAUUGCUCCAGUAAUGUCUCUAGCAAAGUUUUAGAUCGGUAUAUAGAUGGAGAGCAAGAGCAGGAAAAAAGUGCCUCAGCCAUUCACUAUCCUACGGAAGAUCAUAUCGAGAUUGGAUACGCCGGCAGACAGCUGCCGCCAAGAGUUCACCAUACUGCUCCUGCUUCGCCACCCGGUGCCAGGAAGCAGAGACCAAUAUCUCAAUCUUUCAGAGAAGCAAAAGCAUCUAAACUAUGUUUUACAUCUGGAGAGAUGGAUGAGAUUGGUUUUGAGCAUGAGUCUCCGCGAAAAUUAGCAAAGAAAGUGGUUGAGAGACUCUCUCAGUCUCGGUCGAUGGCAAAAAUAAAUUCAGAAGAUUUUGAUGCUGACGGUCCAAUUACUAUUGAAGAUAUCUACAGUGGAAAUUUAAGUAGAUGUCCAAGUGUAUGUUCUGAUGGUGUUUCCCGGAAGAGUAGUUCUGCAAAUGAGUCUAAUGGUAGGAUGUAUGAGGAGAUUCCAGUCCUGUGCGAGAGAAAUUAUUUGGGGAUGGAAGGCGAAUCAGAUUUAGUAUUACUGAGAAAACUUAAGGAAGCUGAGGAUCGUGCUGUGUUUCUCUCGGAAGAGCUUGAAGAGGGAAACUUUCUUCACGGCAGAGGCCUUAGUGUUCCAAUGCUGAUUCAGACUAUUAGAAGCUUGACAGAGGAGAAGGUACAAAUGGCUUUUGAAGUUUCAAGCAUUCUGCGGGAUCAAGUUGCUGAAAGGGCUUCUGCUAAGGAAGAAGCCAGACUACUAAAGGCAGAAUUAGAUUCACAGACACGAAGAUUGGAGACAGAAAAGAAUGAGUUACAAUCAGCUCUGGAAAAGGAGCUGGAUAGAAGAUCGAGUGAGUGGUCUCUAAAAGUUGAGAAAUACCAAGUUGGAGAACAUAAACUCCGUGAAAGGGUGAGGGAGAUUGCAGAGCAGAAUGUGUCUCUACAAAGGGAAGUCUCUUCACUUAAUGAGAAGGAGGUUGAUAAUAGAAGCAAGAUAUCAUUUUCAGAAAAACAACUUGAAGAAUUGACUAAAAGAAUAGAGGAAGUGUCAAAGGAGAAUCAUAAUUUACAGCAGCAGCUUUCUCAGUUACAAGAGGAAUACCGAGUAGCUCAAGACGAUCGAGAUUAUGUCCGCGAAAUCUAUGAGGAAAAGGUUAACGAAUGCGAGGACCUGAACAGAUCUAUUGCUAGAUUGCAAAGGACUUGCAAUGAACAAGAGAAGACAAUCGAUGUUCUACGAGGAUUUUGUGAGGAUGUUGGCAAGAAGAGUCCAGCAAACUACGACAACCAGUUGGAGAAGUUGCAAGUAGAGCAAAUAAGAUUGGUAGGUGUAGAGCGUGCUCUAAGGAAGGAGGUGGAGUCUUGUAGGCUUCAAAUUGAUUCUCUACGCCAUGAAAACAUUUGCUUAUUGAAUCGUUUAAGAGGCAAUGGAAAGGAGGGUGGGUUCUCAACAUUUAGGCUUGAUCAGGAAUUGUGCAAUCGAGUUUGCUGCUUGCAAAAUCAGGGGCUCAAUUUGCUUAGGGAGAGCAGCCAGCUUUGUGGAAAGCUAAUGGAGUACACAAAAGCGAAUGUCAGACAAAGUGGUGGGGGAAUUGACGGUCAAUUUGUAAUUGAAAGCAAUGCAAAAAUCCAGGGUCUUAAGAGGGGAAUUGAGACUUUGACUAGCGGUUUGCAGACAGUGUCAUCUGUGAUAAAUGAGAAGUCCAACCCAGUGCAUUCAGAUUCUAAGCCAUCUGAAAUGAAGCAAUUAGAGCUCAAAUCAGAGACUUUGCUGACAACCGUGUUAAGGGAAAAGCUUUAUUCCAAAGAGAUGGAUAUAGAGCAACUUCAUGCUGAUCUGGCAGCAGCAAUUAGAGGUAAAGACAUCCUCAAAUUUGAAGUGCAAAAUGCGCUGGAUACUCUUUCUUGUGCCAAACACAAGAUGAAAGAUCUCGAGCUUCAGAUGAUAAAGAAGGAUGAGAAUUUGAAUCAGCUCCAAAAUGAAUUGCAAGAAUGUAUGAAGGAACUUAGCGUCGUGAAGGAGAUACUACCAAAAGUAUCUCAGGAGAGAGAUGCAAUGUGGGAGGAAGUUAAGAACUGCAGUGAGAAGAACAUGUUGUUGAACUCUGAGAUCAGCAUGUUGAAAAAGAAGGUAGAGGCUCUCGACGAAGACAUUCUUAUGAAAGAGGGUGAAAUCACAAUCUUGAAGGACUCGAUGAGCAAACCUUUCGACCUUCUUGCAAGUCAUGAUUCUAGUAGAGAAUUUCUGUUUGAGUGAUUGAUGGCUAAAUAAAGGAUUUUGUUCAUUAACUAGUGUUCAUACUUCUCGUAUACUUUCUGGUUUUACUCCCUUUCCCUUUUUGUUGGAUACUUGUUAAAUAGAAAGUUUGCUUCCCCCCUCUUUUGAAUCCUCAAUUCAAUUGUAAACAUUUCUUUUACUUGUGAAUUCUGCGUUCAAGACCAUGAACUGUAUUUUUCUUUUGUUUACCUUUUUUUUGGUGUUGUAAAGUAUUGGCUGCCUUUUUCUGGAAUAAUAGUUGGCAAAGGGCCAUAGGAACAUUAGAUUGGGUA